GAUUUGAUGUUAAUUUAACAAAGCCUUAAAAUGAUGGGGUAGCCCGCCACUCGGGCUCUUUACUUGUGGUCACUAUUUCGGGCUGGGCCCAUCAUGUUGAUCUCUACAUUAUGAUACUCCUGAGAUAGGAUAGGAACUAGGCUGGAUGCUAGCGGCUUGGGGCGGGUCGCUUGCCAGAAAAGGCGUCGCGAGCUGGGCAACUGGCAGUUUGCUCAUUUGCGUGCUGCUGCUGUGCGUAAAGCAUGUAGCGAGCGGCAGAGAGCUGCCGGUGGAGGCGGGCGGUGGACCAGUGCGAAGGCAUGUCCAAGAAAUGUCUAACCGCGACAAGCUCGCAGUGGUCUACCUGGUCACCAACACACACUUUAAGUCCACCGACCGCAUUGCAAUGCUCGCUGCCUCGUUACGGCUGGCGGAGGCGCACGUGCUGCCCACCACCCCCGCCAUGUUUUACAUCUUCACCUCCCCCGGGUCUCUGGUGGAGCUGCGGAGGGCGCUUCGACCCCUGCUGCGGGCGUCUGCCGACAGCGGCCACAUGCAGGUGCUGCCGGUUCCGGACGACAGCUGGCAGCUGCCGGAGGCGGGCAACGACACAGCCUACUGGCACGGGCAUUGGGGCAAGCACUAUCGCCUGAUGGGCGACUGGCGGCUGAGCUUCAUGCCGCGAUUCGCCAGGGACAUGGGCCACCGGUAUGUGAUGCAGCUGGAUGACGAUUCCUACAUCAUCGGCAAGGUGGAACAGAACCUGGUGCAGCUGUUUGACUCGCGCAACAUCAGUCUGGGGGCUCAGAAGGUGCUGCAGGACUGGCCGCUGGUCACCUGGGGCCUGCCCGAGCUGGCCAAGUACUUCCUGUUGGCCUACCAGCUGCAGCCCACCACACUGUUCCAGCACUGCCGGCCGCCCGGGCUGGACGGACUGUACUCGGCGCUGGACCAACAGUCGCUGGAUGCAGACCCGGAGGCGCGAGUGCUGGGCAGUCUGUUCCCCAACAAGGCCGUCCCUCGCUCGGGCGGCUGGGACCGCACCAUCCUGAACGGCAACUGCGUCAUGAUCAGCCUGGACUUCUGGUUCAGCAGCCUGGUGCAGCGCUUCGUGCAGCUGUGCCGCGCCAGCGGCGGGUCCGUCAUGUACCGAUGGAACGAGCAGGCGGUGCUGGGCAUGGUGGCGCAGAUAUUCGCGAGCCAGGAGCAGCUGCUCAUGUUCAGCUUCCCGUACGCGCACAGGCUCAAGUACAAGGACGCGUUGAGAGCAGGAGGCUUAAAGCCAUAAGCAGCUAGCGGCGGCGUCGGCGUCAGCUUUUAAAUUUUGACUAGCGCUCUGCCGCAGCCGGCUGGCGCCGGGGUGUCGUUGGCACCGGCAUUGGGGCAGCAGCCCUGUGCACCAGGUGUGUCUGGUGAUGCGCACUGCUGGUGCAAGCCACGGGGGCGUUGGGAGUACGAAUUUGGGUGCUGUAGACCAUACAACACAGCAGUUGGAUACUCAAGCCGCCAAGUUGUCAUGCCGCUGCAUGACCGGCCAUUUACUGGGCAUCACCCAGCCAAUAGGCUAGGUUCAGCAAAUAGACUAAUGCCGGAUGUGCUGCAGAGUCGUUCGCACUCUCAAGCCUUGCGCCAGAAUGUAGAGACAGGCAUCUAGUCGGGUUUCGGAAUGUUGUUGACCUGAUUCUUUGAUCGGAACGCCAACUGAGAAAGUGAGGGUAUUUGCCAGUUGCAGCCUGCCAAAGCGGGCCCCCACGAUCUCUUCAUGGCGUAAGCAGCGCAGAUGAAUGUGGGCCAGCGUUGCAGGGUGUCGCAACAAGGCGGCCGUGUCCCGGCCAAGAUAAGAACGUGUUACGUAGUGUUGUGUCUCCACAUAGGGUUUGGCAUCUUGUCGGGUUGCUGUGCUCGAGGACGUUUGUGAUGCUAGCUGGCGUCGACGCUAGACAGCGUCGCGGUGCUGGCUUUGGUGCUUCCGGAUUGUGGGGGCUCCUGUGCCAUUGCCGUGAGCGCAGGAAGCAUGGUGGUGACGGCGUGGCGAAACCCGAAUGCCGGAAUGUGGUGUUAUGUGCCCUGCCGUACAUCGACUGGCGCAAGCUUGUGUGCCACCAGAUUGCGGCAGGGGGGUAUCAGUGGAGUGCGAGGAAAGCGAAGACGUGAAGCGAAACAGUGGGAAAUGACCUUGACGCGUGCCUUGACAUGCACAAGUUGCUCGGAUGAGAGGGUGGGAAGGGGAACUGGGGGUUGGUCGCAUUAAUUGAUCAAUGACCAUAAUCAC